CGCAGGAUACUCCCUCGUCAGCGAUGGCGAAUGCUUCGGCUUCAAUAAGGGUGCUUCUGACACUCUUCUUGCUUCCUGGUGUCCUUUUACAGUGUAAGCCGAGGGACUAUGGUGAGGGCAGCGUGGUUUGCGUCUGCGACACCUCGCACUGCGAUUUUCUCGGCCCCGUUCGACCGGAGCAACCCGGGGUGGUUGCCGCCUACGAGAGCAACAAGGCGGGAAAAAGGUUCGACAAGGUCACUCUCAGGCUCAGCUUCGACGAACCGGGAAUGCCGAACGAAGCUGCCGACUUAGUGUCAGUGGUUAUUGAUUCUUCUAAGAAGUACCAGUCCAUUUUUGGCUUCGGAGGAGCCUUCACCGAUGCAGCAGGAAUCAACCUACAGUCGCUCCCAGAGGAGCUACAGGAAGACAUACUGAAAUCUUACUACUCCAUUGAAGGGCUCUCCUACAACAUCGGCAGGGUUCCCAUGGCGAGUUGUGAUUUCUCGAUCCGCCUGUACACGUACAACGACGUGCCGGGAGACCUGGACAUGACGCACUUUGCGCUCACUACAGAAGACCUCUCGUUGAAGAUUCCUUAUAUUAAGAAGGCCAUAAGCAUGUCCAAAGAGGACGUCUGGAUCUUCGGAAGUCCCUGGAGUGGCCCUGCAUGGAUGAAGACUUCGGGAAAGCUGUACGGCGCCGGAACACUCAAGGGCAGUCCCGGGGGACCGUACUACAAGGCUUGGGCCAAGUACUUCGUAAGGUUCCUGCAGGAGUACGAGAAGAAUGGCAUCCGCCUGUGGGGCCUGACGGCCGAAAACGAACCCAACGAAGGCUUUACGCCCCACUACCCGUUCCAGUGCAUGGGCUUCACACCGUCCUCCCAGCGAGAUUUUAUCAAAAUGGACCUGGGACCGGCGCUUGCGGACGCCGGCUACGGGCCAGGAAACCUUACGCUGAUGAUCAUGGACGACAAUCGGAACCUCCUUCCAAACUGGGCCAACGUUGUUCUAGGGGACGCCGAUGCGGCCAAGUACGUCCAGGGUGUUGCAGUGCACUGGUACGCGGACGAAUUCGUCGGGCCUGGGGUACUGGACAAGACCCAUGACAACUUUCCCGACAAGUUCAUCCUGGCCACGGAGGCGUGCAAAGGCGAUAAGCCCUGGGACAAGGCGCAUGUUAUCCUCGGCAGUUGGGACCGGGCUGAAAACUACGCGCAUGACAUCCUGGAGGAUCUUCUACACUGGACCACGGGUUGGGUUGACUGGAACCUGGCCUUGGAUGUUGUAGGAGGUCCCAACUGGGUGAAGAACUUUGUCGACUCGCCCAUUAUUGUGAACGCCACUGGGCAGGAAUUCUUCAAGCAGCCGAUGUACUACGCGUUGGCGCAUUUCUCGAAGUUUCUUCCACGAGGAAGCGUCAGGAUAGAUUCGAGGCUGGCCGGUGAACAGCGUGGGAAACUUGAAUUCGGGGCCUUCAAGACACCCGAAAACGCCACCGUCUUCAUCGUGCUGAAUACGGACACGCAAGCACACAACAUUAGCGUGCGGGAUGUUUCGAAGAAAGACGCCAUAUUUACAUCUUCUAUCACGGAGCGCUCCAUCCGCUCCUUCAUCUGGUGGUAGCCAUCACGAACAAGCAGCCUCCUCGACCUUCUCGACCAUUACGACCACUGAUAAAAAAAAAAACAAAAAAAAACACUUUUUUUUUUUUUUUUUGCUGUUAAUAAUAUUAUCGCGCCAUAAUGGUGGCCAUUCUCAAGCCAGAAUCACAAUGCUCAUACGAGUGUCACUCGGACAUCGUAUAAUAUCAGCAGACAAGAUAACAUAAUUAUCGACGGAUGUAGCUCACCACAUUGGAGGCGUGCUUGUUUCAUAAGAAUGUAUGGUUCGAACAUGUCUAAACAUAUUUGUUUAUGACCCGUGUGUCAGGACUGUUAUACAAGGGGGAAACACGCCUUAGACAUUGUCUGAAGACUGUAUUUUGUUCGUUUUAUUAGCAUCACAGACGCUUUGCACACGGACCAUAUUACAGCCGCCAUUACUGGCCUUCUCUCGUCUUACCAAGAUGCCGAGCCACUGAAGCGGGCUUUCACGAACCCCAUCCUUGUCGCCAAUGUAAUGACUGACGCCGACUCCCAGUAAAUCAGUCAUAUUUACACUCGUAUGACAGAUGACCCCCAGCGUCAUACACUGGUUCCGUUCUAAACCAGGCCUCUUCUUCAUCGCCCUCGCGGCUUGACUACCAGCAGGGUGCAAGACGGAUUGAUGAUCAUCACACUCCACAAAGGUCAAUGCUGGGGAGAAAGACGCACGUUUUCAUCUGAAAUGGCAAUAAACUUUCCUGCCGUGGUAAGGAUGGAGCGAAGUGAUCAAAAUAAGAAAAAACAAAAACUGAAGGUCGGUUGUGGCGGCGCCCAUUCACAGAUGCUGCAGAGCGCCUACGGUCCGCACCUCCUGUAUACAUCACGCCAUUGUUAAACAAGUCCUCGGGCCAGCGUGCGAUCUCCU